AUGGUGGGAACUGGUGCUUUUAUUUCAAGUUUCGAACACAAAUCCGACGAAGUUCAUCAAGUGGGCAACAAAGAAGCCCAAAGCCCUAAAUACAUCCCACCUUGGACUACACCCUACAUUAUAGGCAUUGGAGGAACAUCUGGAUCGGGGAAAACAAGUGUGGCGGCGAAAAUUACGGCAUCGAUCAACACCCCAUGGACGGUUCUGAUAUCGCUGGACAAUUUCUAUAAUCCUUUGAGUGCCGAAGACCACGAACUAGCAGUACAGAACAAAUUUGAUUUCGAUCAACCAGAUGCCGUUGACUUGGAUCUAGCCUACGAAUGUAUAAAGAGCUUGAAAGAGGGCAAAAAAACGUCCAUUCCUGUUUACAGUUUUAACAACCACAACCGGGUUCCUGGGAAAACGAUCUCGGUUUAUGGUUCAAGUGUCAUUGUCGUGGAAGGGAUUUAUGCGUUGUACCACGCACCACUUUUGGAGCUCAUGGAUUUGAAAAUAUUCGUGGACGUCGAUUUGGACGUAUGCCUCGCCAGAAGGCUCUCAAGAGACAUUGUGUCGCGCGGACGAGAUCUGGAAGGGUGUAUCCAGCAAUGGGAGCAAUUUGUUAAGCCGAAUGCGGAAAGGUAUGUACGUCCGACCAUGAAGAAUGCGGACGCUAUUAUUCCGUCCAUGGGCAGCAUCGUUGUUGCAACACAGACGGUUAUCAACCACAUCAAGUCUAGACUACAACUAAAAUCUCGCAGACAUCUUGAAGAGCUCAGCGAUUUAGGUCAUGUUCGUGAACUGGAGCCAUUAUCUAAGAUGACCAACCUCUGUCAAUUAGAGCCUACAAGCCAGGUUGUUGCUUUGAAGACAAUUCUUUUAGACAAAUACACCUCUAGAGACGAUUUCGUAUUCUAUUUCGAUAGAAUAGCCACUAUUCUUGUCUCCCGUGCUCUUGAUGACAUUUCCACUUCUUUCAUGAAACGUAUCAUAACGCCUACUGGGCAGGAAGUUACGUUGCCCUCCGUGGACUUCGAUAAAGUCACAUCUAUCAGCAUCGUACGGUCUGGAGACUGCUUUAUGAGAUCUUUGAAGAAAACAGUUCCAAGCAUGUCUAUCGGAAAGGUUCUCAUUCAAUCCGAUUCACAUACAGGAGAGCCUCAGCUUCACUGUGAAUUUUUACCUCCGCACAUCGAAGAUUAUGAGCAAGUCCUCUUGGUGGAAGCCCAGAUUAUAUCUGGUGCCGCCGUCAUUAUGGCAAUCCAAGUUCUUCUAGAUCAUGGUGUCUCUUUGAAAAAGAUGAAAGUUAUCGUUUACUUGGCGACUGAGAUUGGCAUACGCAGAAUCACGGAUGCCUUCAACGAUGCUAUUCAAAUAUACGCCUGUGAAGUUGUACCAACGGAUGCCCUUGGCGUUGAUCACUGCAGGUGGGCUAGGAGUCGUUUUGUUGAUUCUAGAUAUUUCGGGUGCGAUUAA